AUGCGUGCCAGAGUCGGGGUCUUCCAGCUGAGUCCUGGGCUCCUGCUGUGUCCCUGUCCCCUGGCAGGGCCACAGAUCCUGGUGCCCUUUGUUGUGCAAAGCGUCGGCACCACUUCCCGGCCUCUUGCCCCGGGCUCCCGCCAGCCAGAGCUCAACCUGCAGCUCCCGGCGCACAGCCUGCACCGAGCGGAUUCCUCAACAGCCGGCCCGGCACCCAGCGGGGACGGCGGCGGGGCCGCGAGGAGCCGGGCCGGGGCUCCGCGCCUCCCCGUGCCCCCGAAAGCCCGGCUGCAGAGCCGGGGCGGAGCGGGGGGGACGCCCGGACAAACGCACCGGGAGCCGGGGCGCACCGGCACCCCCGGGGGCAGCGCGGGCGCAGCCGGAGCGCGGAGUCCCCGCGCGUCCCGGAGGGGCCGCGGCGGAGCGCGGAAGCGCGGCCGGAGCAGUGACGUCACCGGGUCUCCCGGUCCCGCCCCCUCCCCGGGUCGGGGGAGGGGUCACCGAGGGGGUUUCCUCGCGGCCCGGUGGGGGAGGCACGGCCGGCGCGCCGGGGGCGCUGCUGCCCCGCCGCCGCCUCCUCCUCCCCUUCCUCCUCCUCCUCCUCACCGGAGGGACUGCCCGGCCGCCGCCGCCCCGGCCCCUGCUGCUGCUGCCCCGAGGCAGGGGGGCACCUCGCCGCCGCGGUUCCCGGGGGUCUCCUCAAGGGGGGGUCCCCGCUCGGCACGGCACGAGGCAGCGCCUCCCCCCGACGGCCGGAGCCGCCGCCGCUCGGGGCGCUGCGCGGUGCGCGUCGCGCUCCCCCCUGGCAGGGCCCGGCCCCCGGGGCACCGGCACGGCCGGGCGCGCACACACACACACACGGACGGACACGCAGAGAGACGGGGCUGACGCGGAGAUCCCGGAGGUUCCUCCCUGCCGCCCGC